ACCCUCUCUCUCUCUCUCUCUCUCUCUCUCUCUCUCUCUCUCUCUCUCUCUCUGGCAAACAUGACGACGGCUCUCUCGCCGGAAAACAAGGCCACGGCGGCGCCGGAGAAGGCAGUGCCGGAGAUGAGCAUGCCGGCAAAACCAAAGAGGAAUAAGUUUGCUUUUGCUUGUGCAAUCUUAGCCUCCAUGACUUCAAUCCUUCUUGGUUACGAUAUAGGAGUGAUGAGUGGAGCAAUCAUAUACAUAAAGAGAGAUUUGAAGAUCGGAGACGGAAAGAUCCAAGUCCUGACCGGAAUCCUGAACAUAUUCUCCUUGAUCGGAUCGUGCGCCGCCGGCAGAACUUCUGAUUGGAUCGGCCGGAGGUACACGAUAGUGCUGGCCGGAGCCAUCUUCUUUGUCGGAGCCAUCCUAAUGGGUUUCGCCACCAACUACGCCUUCCUCAUGUUCGGACGGUUCGUCGCCGGAAUCGGCGUCGGCUAUGCCCUCAUGAUCGCUCCCGUCUACACGGCCGAGGUUUCUCCGGCCUCCUCGCGCGGCUUCCUCAACUCUUUCCCCGAGGUGUUCAUCAACGCGGGGAUAUUAUUGGGUUACGUAUCGAACUACGCCUUCUCGAAGCUUCCGGAGAAUCUGUCAUGGAGAUUCAUGCUGGGAGUCGGAGCCAUCCCAUCAGUGUUUCUAGCCGUAGGGGUCCUGGCCAUGCCCGAGUCGCCUAGGUGGCUCGUCAUGCAAGGCCGACUCGGUGAGGCCAGAAGCGUCCUCUACAAAACUUCGGAUUCCCACGACGAAGCUGAACUCCGCCUCUCCGAUAUCAAGCUCGCCGCCGGAAUUCCCGCCGAUUGCAAUGACGACAUUGUUAAGGUAGAGAAGAAGAACAGCCAUGGCGAAGGAGUGUGGAAAGAGCUUCUUCUCCGGCCAACACCCGCAGUCCGCCGGGUUCUAAUCGCCGCCAUCGGGAUCCAUUUCUUCCAACAGGCGUCCGGCAUCGACGCUGUUGUCUUGUACUCACCUCGGAUCUUCAAAUCCGCGGGUCUAAAAUCCGACAAUCAGCAGCUCCUAGCCACGGUGGCCGUAGGGUUCGUCAAGACAGUAUUCAUUCUGGUCGCCACGUUCUUUCUAGACAGGAUCGGACGGAGACCGUUGCUUCUGUCCAGUGUCGGAGGGAUGGUUCUGUCUCUGCUAACCCUAGGGAUGUCUCUAACGGUGGUCGACCACACGGUGGACAAGAAGGUUAUGUGGGCAGUAGUGUUGAGUAUAACGACUGUAAUGACGUACGUGGCCACGUUCUCGAUCGGGGCGGGACCCAUAACGUGGGUUUACAGUUCGGAGAUCUUCCCGUUGAGGCUUAGGGCUCAAGGCGCGAGCAUGGGGGUGAUAGUGAACAGAGUCACGAGCGGGGUGAUAUCGAUGACGUUCUUGUCUCUGUCUAAGGCCAUAACCACGGGGGGAGCCUUCUUCCUGUUCGGAGGCAUCGCAACCGUCGCGUGGGUGUUCUUCUACACGUUCUUGCCGGAGACGCAGGGGAAGAUGCUGGAGGAGAUGGAUGAGCUGUUCGAGAAAUUCAAUUGGAGAGAUUCCAAGAGCAAGAAGAGUGGAGAGGUUGAGUUGGAAACGAAGGAAUGAGAUGAGAGAGGGAGAGAGACAUGUAGAGAAGAUUGAAGGAUUUUCAAUGGCAAUUACGUUGUAAUAUUUCUAAAACUUCAACCGGUGUCAGGUUCGUCCAUAUACGAUAGUAAUGAAAAACCGCAUUCCAAGAAA